AUGGACGUCCACACCCGCUGGAAAGCGCGCGGCCCGCUCCGGCCCGGCGCCCCGCCGCUGUCCCCGCCGCUGCCCCCGCUGCUCCUGCUGCUGCUGCUGCUGUGGGCGCCGCCUCCGAGCCGCGCAGCUCAGCCAGCAGAUCUCCUGAAGGUUCUAGAUUUCCACAACUUGCCCGACGGGAUAACGAAGACCACAGGCUUUUGUUCAUCGCGACGAUCUUCUAAAGGCCCAGACGUCGCCUACCGAGUCACGAAAGAUGCGCAGCUCAGCGCGCCCACCAAGCAGCUGUACCCUGCAUCCGCAUUUCCCGAGGACUUCUCCAUCCUCACCACCGUGAAAGCUAAGAAGGGCAGCCAGGCUUUCCUGAUCUCCAUCUACAAUGAACAGGGCAUCCAGCAGAUUGGCCUGGAGCUGGGCCGCUCUCCAGUCUUCCUCUAUGAGGACCACACGGGGAAGCCCGGGCCUGAAGACUACCCACUCUUCCGUGGCAUCAACCUGUCAGAUGGCAAGUGGCAUCGAAUUGCUCUCAGUGUCCACAAGAAAAAUGUCACCUUGAUUCUUGACUGUAAAAAGAAGACCACAAAGUUCCUGGACCGUAGUGACCACCCCAUCAUAGACGUCAAUGGCAUCAUCGUGUUUGGCACCCGGAUCCUGGAUGAGGAAGUGUUUGAGGGUGACAUCCAGCAGCUGCUCUUUGUCUCGGACCACCGGGCCGCUUAUGAUUACUGUGAGCAUUACAGCCCCGACUGCGACACCGCGGUCCCCGACACACCCCAGUCUCAGGACCCCAACCCAGAUGAAUACUACCCGGAAGGAGAUGGUGAGGGGGAGACCUAUUACUAUGAGUACCCCUAUUAUGAAGACCCCGACGAUGUAGGGAAGGAACCUGCCCCCACCCAGAAGCCAGUGGAAGUUUUGAGAGAAACCACGGAGAUUCCUGAGGAGUUGACUCAACCUCCCCCAGAAGUCCCUACGGUGCCCGAGACCAGUGAUCCAGUAGGCAAGGAGGAUCCUGGCAUUGGGGACUAUGACUAUGUGCCCAUCGAUGACUACUACACGCCCUCCCCGUAUGAUGACCUCAGCUAUGGAGAGGGUUUCGAAAACCCUGACCAGCCCACUAACCCUGAAGCGGGUGCUGAGGUUCCCACCAGCACCACAGUCACCUCCAACACCUCCAACCCAGCUUCCUCUCCGGGGGAAGGGAAGGAGGACGAGUUCACCGAGGAAACCAUCAAGAAUGUGGAUGAGAACUACUAUGACCCGUACUAUGACCCUGACUCCGACUCCAGUGUCUCUCCAUCGGAGAUUGGGCCAGGCAUGCCAGCCAACCAGGACACCAUAUAUGAGGGGAUUGGAGGACCACGGGGUGAGAAAGGUCAAAAGGGAGAACCAGCGAUUAUUGAGCCGGGCAUGCUGAUAGAGGGCCCACCUGGCCCGGAAGGUCCCGCGGGUCUUCCAGGACCUCCAGGAACCACGGGUCCCACUGGCCAAGUGGGGGACCCUGGAGAAAGGGGUCCUCCUGGACGCCCAGGUCUUCCUGGAGCUGAUGGCCUGCCUGGUCCUCCGGGGACUAUGCUCAUGCUGCCGUUCCGGUUUGGAGGUGGUGGCGACGCGGGCUCCAAGGGCCCCAUGGUCUCUGCUCAGGAGUCCCAGGCCCAGGCCAUCCUUCAGCAGGCCCGGUUGGCGCUGAGAGGACCAGCUGGUCCAAUGGGUCUUACUGGGAGACCCGGCCCUAUGGGUCCUCCUGGGAGUGGAGGUUUGAAGGGCGAGCCAGGAGACAUGGGGCCUCAGGGUCCCCGAGGAGUGCAGGGUCCUCCUGGUCCAGCGGGGAAGCCUGGAAGACGGGGUCGGGCUGGGAGUGAUGGAGCCAGAGGCAUGCCUGGACAGACGGGCCCCAAGGGCGACCGUGGCUUUGAUGGCCUGGCUGGGCUGCCGGGAGAGAAGGGCCAUAGGGGUGACCCUGGUCCUUCUGGCCCCCCGGGACCCCCAGGAGAUGAUGGAGAAAGGGGCGAUGACGGAGAAGUCGGACCCAGGGGCCUGCCUGGGGAGCCUGGUCCACGUGGUCUGCUCGGACCAAAGGGGCCUCCAGGCCCUCCCGGACCUCCUGGUGUGACGGGAAUGGACGGCCAGCCGGGCCCCAAAGGAAAUGUGGGUCCACAGGGAGAGCCUGGCCCCCCAGGACAACAGGGUAAUCCUGGUGCCCAGGGUCUUCCAGGCCCCCAGGGUGCCAUUGGUCCUCCUGGAGAAAAGGGCCCUUUGGGGAAACCAGGCCUCCCCGGAAUGCCCGGCGCCGAUGGACCCCCGGGGCACCCUGGGAAAGAAGGACCUCCAGGAGAAAAAGGAGGCCAGGGUCCACCUGGCCCCCAGGGUCCCAUUGGCUACCCAGGCCCACGAGGAGUCAAGGGGGCAGAUGGCAUCCGAGGCCUGAAGGGCACCAAGGGUGAGAAGGGCGAAGAUGGCUUCCCUGGGUUCAAAGGCGACAUGGGCAUCAAGGGCGAUCGGGGAGAGAUCGGCCCACCUGGCCCUAGGGGAGAAGAUGGUCCUGAAGGCCCUAAGGGUCGUGGUGGUCCCAACGGUGAUCCUGGCCCUCUGGGCCCCACUGGGGAGAAGGGAAAGCUCGGAGUGCCCGGAUUACCAGGGUACCCAGGACGACAGGGACCAAAGGGCUCUAUCGGAUUCCCUGGCUUCCCGGGUGCCAAUGGAGAGAAGGGCGGCAGGGGGACGCCUGGAAAGCCCGGACCGCGGGGACAGCGAGGCCCAACGGGCCCGAGGGGUGAAAGAGGCCCGCGAGGCAUCACGGGGAAGCCUGGUCCUAAGGGCAACUCUGGAGGUGAUGGCCCGGCUGGCCCUCCUGGUGAACGGGGACCCAAUGGACCCCAAGGACCCACAGGCUUCCCUGGACCCAAGGGUCCCCCGGGACCCCCAGGCAAAGACGGGCUUCCUGGACACCCUGGGCAGAGAGGCGAGACCGGUUUUCAAGGCAAGACUGGCCCUCCAGGCCCCCCAGGCGUGGUUGGCCCUCAGGGUCCCACGGGAGAAACCGGUCCAAUGGGUGAACGUGGCCACCCUGGACCCCCUGGUCCCCCUGGUGAACAAGGGCUCCCAGGACUUGCUGGAAAAGAAGGGACCAAGGGUGACCCAGGCCCUGCUGGUCUCCCUGGGAAAGAUGGCCCUCCUGGACUGCGUGGCUUCCCUGGGGACCGAGGCCUCCCUGGCCCUGUGGGAGCGCUUGGACUGAAAGGCAGCGAAGGUCCUCCCGGCCCGCCUGGCCCCGCGGGGUCUCCAGGAGAGAGAGGUCCUGCUGGUGCUGCUGGGCCCAUUGGAAUUCCAGGGAGACCUGGGCCUCAAGGACCUCCAGGACCUGCUGGAGAGAAAGGGGCUCCUGGAGAGAAAGGCCCCCAAGGUCCAGCUGGCAGAGACGGCCUCCAGGGUCCUGUAGGGCUUCCGGGUCCUGCUGGCCCUGUUGGUCCCCCUGGAGAAGAUGGAGAUAAGGGAGAGAUCGGGGAGCCGGGACAGAAAGGAAGCAAGGGGGACAAAGGGGAGCAGGGUCCUCCUGGGCCUACAGGUCCUCAAGGCCCCAUUGGACAGCCAGGCCCUUCAGGAGCAGAUGGCGAGCCGGGCCCUCGUGGCCAGCAGGGCCUGUUUGGACAGAAAGGGGAUGAAGGUUCAAGAGGUUUCCCAGGACCACCAGGGCCAGUGGGACUGCAGGGUUUGCCAGGACCCCCAGGUGAAAAGGGUGAGACUGGAGAUGUGGGCCAGAUGGGCCCUCCUGGUCCCCCAGGUCCCCGAGGACCGUCUGGAGCUCCAGGUGCUGAUGGGCCACAAGGUCCUCCCGGAGGGAUCGGAAAUCCUGGUGCAGUGGGAGAGAAGGGGGAGCCUGGUGAAGCUGGCGAGCCUGGCCUUCCAGGAGAAGGGGGACCCCCGGGACCCAAAGGAGAAAGGGGGGAGAAGGGUGAAGCUGGCCCCUCAGGUGCUGCAGGACCCCCCGGACCCAAAGGCCCUCCUGGAGACGACGGCCCCAAAGGCAGCCCUGGCCCUGUGGGCUUUCCUGGAGACCCUGGCCCCCCUGGAGAGCCAGGUCCUGCAGGGCAAGAUGGCCCGCCUGGUGACAAAGGGGAUGAUGGUGAACCUGGACAGACAGGAUCCCCGGGUCCUACUGGUGAACCUGGUCCAUCUGGGCCACCAGGAAAAAGGGGUCCCCCAGGUCCCGCAGGUCCUGAAGGCCGACAAGGGGAAAAGGGAGCCAAGGGAGAAGCUGGCUUGGAAGGCCCUCCUGGGAAGACUGGCCCUAUUGGACCCCAAGGGGCCCCUGGAAAGCCUGGGCCCGACGGGCUGCGUGGAAUCCCUGGUCCUGUGGGUGAACAAGGUCUCCCGGGAUCCCCUGGCCCUGACGGUCCACCUGGCCCCAUGGGCCCGCCAGGGCUCCCCGGCCUCAAAGGAGAUUCUGGUCCCAAAGGUGAAAAGGGUCAUCCAGGCCUGAUCGGGCUCAUCGGACCUCCGGGCGAGCAGGGUGAAAAGGGCGACAGAGGUCUCCCAGGCCCCCAGGGCUCAUCUGGUCCCAAGGGAGAACAGGGUAUCACUGGGCCUUCAGGCCCCCUUGGGCCCCCUGGACCCCCUGGCUUGCCGGGUCCACCAGGUCCUAAAGGUGCUAAAGGCUCUUCGGGUCCCACUGGCCCGAAGGGUGAGGCAGGCCACCCUGGACUCCCUGGCCCCCCUGGCCCCCCGGGAGAGGUCAUCCAGCCCCUGCCAAUCCAGGCAUCCAGAACUCGACGGAACAUCGACGCCAGCCAGCUCCUGGAUGAUGGGGCCGGUGAGAAUUACAUGGACUAUGCGGAUGGCAUGGAGGAGAUCUUCGGCUCCCUCAACUCGCUGAAGCAGGAGAUUGAGCAGAUGAAGCGGCCACUGGGCACCCAGCAGAACCCCGCCCGCACCUGCAAGGACCUGCAGCUGUGCCAUCCUGACUUCCCAGAUGGUGAAUACUGGGUCGAUCCCAACCAAGGGUGCUCCAGGGACUCGUUCAAAGUGUAUUGCAACUUCACAGCCGGAGGGUCCACGUGUGUCUUCCCUGACAAGAAGUCCGAGGGGGCCAGAAUCACUUCUUGGCCCAAAGAAAACCCGGGUUCCUGGUUCAGUGAAUUCAAGCGUGGGAAACUGCUCUCCUAUGUGGAUGCCGAGGGCAACCCCGUGGGCGUGGUACAGAUGACCUUCCUGCGGCUGCUGAGUGCCUCUGCCCACCAGAACAUCACCUACAACUGCUACCAGUCAGUGGCCUGGCAGGAUGCCGCCACAGGCAGCUACGACAAAGCCAUCCGCUUCCUAGGCUCGAACGAUGAGGAGAUGUCCUAUGACAACAACCCUUACAUCCGUGCCCUGGUGGACGGCUGUGCUACCAAGAAAGGCUACCAGAAGACGGUGCUGGAGAUCGACACCCCCAAAGUGGAACAAGUGCCCAUUGUUGACAUCAUGUUUAACGACUUUGGAGAGGCCUCACAAAAAUUUGGAUUUGAAGUGGGGCCGGCUUGCUUCAUGGGCUAGGAACCGCCGAACCUUGGUCUCCUGAGCAACCUCGUGACCUCAGCACCCCUCCCCCCUGCGGGUGUCCUGUGCUCACUCAUCUGGACAGUGAAGGUUUCCCGCCCCCGCCCGCCCGCCCGACUCGUCUGUGCCUCCCCGUGGUGCUGGACCCUACGCCCAGAGAAAACACAGAGAAAGAGCCGCGUCCCCGCGGAGCCGAAUCACAUGACCUAGCCACACCACAGCCUCUUGCCACCCGUGCCACACGCCCCAGCCUCCAGCUCGCCCAGUGGGUUCGUCCACGGCGUUCAUGGACUGGUUGCCUGGGGUGGGGGUAGGGCAAUCUUUGGAUAUCACUUUAAAAAAAAAAAAUCACCUCGAAGAUGUGUAUUUCCCCUGACCUUCAAGAGAUGCUCUGAGGCUGCCUGGUAAAGGUCGCCAAAGCCUCCGUUUUUAACACCCCUCCACACGAUCCACUCAGAGGCCAAAUGUCAUUCUGCGUGUGCCUUUCCGAUGGAUUAAAGGUGCUUAUGUUUUUGUGAGAGUUGUAAGUAAAUAUUUGUAUUGUAUUGUUAUAAAUGUUAAGCGUGCCUGACUUUUCAAUCAUUCGUGGAAACCCAGCCUCAGGCCCACCAGAAGUGUGGGUAGCUGGGGUGAGGCACAUACUCCGGGUUACACUCCAGCUCUCCUUAGAGAGAGGAAUGUCUCCUCACCCCAUCCCGUCAAGAACGUGCAAUAAAUUGGAAAUUUGCCCAGGUUAGCAGAAACCAUGCUGCUGCUAGAAAUGCAGGUGCCCGGGCCCCUUUCCAGACCUUUCUUUCUUCCUUUCUUUCUUCCUUCCUUCCUUUCUUUCUUUCUCUCUUUCUUUCUUUCUUUCUUUCUUUCUUUCUUUCUUUCUUUCUUCCUGUUCAAUUAGCUCUGGGUUUUUUUUUUUUUUUUUUUAGGGACGGGGGGAAAAAUUUGAUACUCUGCCUUUUCUACAUGCACUCAGAUUAAAAGGCAGGCUUAAAUUAAUGUUGAUUGCUUCCUUGUUCCACGUUCCUUCCUUCAGAGCCUGAUGGGAGAGUGCCCAGGGCAGGGAAACCACAUUUCUAUAGAUGAUAAAUAACUAUGAACAUUGGUGCUGAUUUUAUACACUUCUCUCUUGUGGUGCUACGUGUUCUAAGGUUCCUAGAUGCAACACUGGGGGUGCCCCAUCUUCUUUUAUCCUGGCGGGGAGUCCCUCCAGAGGCCCGUCCCCAGCCCUGAGCUGUGCUUUCUUCAUUUGAAAACACUUAAGCAAAACAGACUCUUCCAGCACCCAUAACGUCUAUCAGCAGCAGACUGUGUUCAGUUGCCGACUGUCUGUGGUGCUAAUUUCCGUGUGUGUUCAAAGGACCGAAUGAAUGGAAGCUCUUUCCCUGAUGCCCAGGCUGUCUCACGCACGUAGCUGGGCAGACCGAGAAGUGUGCAAUGAACUCUGAGUCUCAGGGCUGCCUUGGCACUUCUUGCCCAUGAAAGCAGAUUGGAUUUCCAGCUAUGGGUUUCCUGGGUACAGGUGGGAGUGGGUAGCUGUAAAGCUGCGGCUGGCAUGGUCCUCUUUCCAUGCCCGUCCUCUGCCCACGAUGUCUAGGUUGAGAGGCUCCCUUCUGGGGCCGGAGGAUCUGGGACCAAACAGGAAGAGCUGUCCCUUACUGUGAAAGUUGCUCUCUUGUCACACCCUUGCCUCCGCCGCUGGGAAGGCGUGGGGUCUCUGGGAGUGAGCGGUCGCCCUGGGUGCUGGGUUCCUCCUGCCUCUGCCCCUUUCAGGGGAAGAAACCACAGCGGAGCACCCAGGAGUGACAACACAGCACACCACCACGCACGGUCCCAGCGUUUCCUGGAAAACAAGUCUUCCUCUUGCCAAAGAAAAGUCUGGCCUGGAGAUUCUCCCAAAGCCGGGAUGCCACCGUGUGCUGGAGACAGCCAUGCACACCCCUUGGCAUCACAAAAGCCAUAUUGGAGGAUCGCCAUGUGACGCCCUGUGGAUUUCUGUCUAGGUCAUGUGAUUCCGUUUCCACUUCUCACCCCCAUCCGAUUUGUCCUUUUAUUCUGUCAUCUUCUGUGGUUCCCCUCAAAGUUGUAAUUUGUACGGAAGUCCAAAAUGUCUCCUGUUCUCCCAGACCAUUUUAGCUACAAUAUAUUGCAAUAAAAUUCUUAUAUUUGCAGACA